AUGCAGAGGAAUAUCUCCUCCUCAGCAGGGGACAGACAUUCACCUGACCGCAGCCACAGGUGGGAACAGACUCCCCUGGUGUUCCCCUACCAGGAAAAGCCAACUCUCCACUCACCAGGUCUGGCACCAAAGAAGACAGCUGUUACUGAGGGCCCAUCAUUAUCAGGACAGCUUGGGGCUGGCCAAGGGAAGAAGAUAGGUCAUCGUGGAGUUGAUGCUUCUGGCGAAACCACCUACAAAAAGACUACUUCAUCCACUCUGAAAGGGGCCAUCCAGCUAGGGAUUGGAUACACAGUGGGGAACCUGAGCUCCAAGCCUGAAAGAGAUGUUCUGAUGCAAGAUUUUUAUGUGGUGGAGAGUAUUUUCUUCCCCAGCGAAGGAAGUAACCUUACUCCAGCUCAUCAUUACCCUGACUUCAGGUUCAAAACCUAUGCACCUGUGGCUUUUCGGUACUUCCGAGAGCUAUUUGGCAUUCGUCCAGAUGAUUAUUUGUAUUCAUUAUGUAACGAGCCUCUGAUUGAGCUAUCAAACCCUGGUGCCAGUGGCUCGCUCUUCUAUGUCACAAGCGAUGAUGAGUUCAUCAUAAAAACUGUGAUGCACAAGGAAGCGGAAUUCUUGCAGAAGCUUCUUCCUGGUUACUACAUGAACCUGAACCAGAAUCCACGGACCCUGCUGCCAAAGUUCUAUGGACUGUACUGUGUUCAGUCAGGGGGGAAGAACAUUCGGGUAGCAGUGAUGAACAACAUCCUGCCCCGAGUAGUGAAAAUGCACCUAAAAUUUGACCUGAAAGGUUCUACCUACAAACGCCGGGCAUCCAAGAAGGAGAAAGAGAAGUCCAGCCCCACAUACAAAGACCUGGACUUCAUACAGGACAUGCCUGAGGGGCUAAUGCUGGAUGCAGACACCUUCAGUGCACUGGUGAAAACACUGCAGCGAGACUGUCUGGUGUUGGAAAGUUUUAAAAUCAUGGACUACAGCCUGCUGCUCGGUGUGCAUAACAUAGACCAGCAAGAACGGGAGCGGCAAUCUGAGGGAGCCCAGAGCACGUCUGAUGAGAAACGUCCUGUUGGGCAGAAGGCACUUUACUCCACCGCCAUGGAGUCCAUCCAGGGUGGGGCUGCCCGGGGGGAGUCCAUAGAUACAGAUGACACAAUGGGAGGAAUCCCAGCUGUGAAUGGCAAAGGAGAGCGCCUUCUGCUGCAUGUAGGAAUAAUAGAUAUCCUUCAGUCAUACAGGUUCAUCAAGAAGCUAGAACACACCUGGAAGGCCCUUGUCCAUGAUGGGGACACUGUAUCAGUACACAGACCCAGCUUUUAUGCAGAGAGAUUUUUCAAAUUCAUGACCAACACAGUGUUUCGAAAGAAUUCCUCUCUAAAAUCAUCCCCGUCUAAGAAAGGACGUAGUGCCUUGUUAGCUGUCAGGACGCCUGGUCCAACAGCUGCAUUUUCAGCUAGCCAGCUCCCCUCGGAAAAGGAUGACGCCCAGUAUGAUCUACGUGCUGCCAGAAGUUACCCUACUCUAGAUGAUGAAGCAGGCAGGCCAGACCUGCUUCCCUGCACUCCUCCUUCAUUUGAAGAAGCUACCACAGCCUCCAUAGCAACAACGCUCUCUUCAACUUCUCUCUCUGUUCCUGAGCGGUCUCCCUCUGAGACCUCUGACCAGCCCAGGUACAGGAGGCGCACGCACUCCUCAGGGCAGGAUGGCAGGUCACAUGAGGAAGAUCGGGUUGAAGAAGAGCUCCAGCAGAUAAAUGUAGAACUAGAGACAAAGUGUGACGUUGAGAUUGUGGCUCCGGAAGAAGAUAAAGGGGAGGCAGCUUCUUUAGCCUGUGCCAUUGUAACAUCCACGGCUACAAUAGAGGUGGAAACGGCCAGUCAGGCCUCAGAACCAGCCAGCCAGGCUUCGGAUGAAGAUGAUGUGCCAGUCACAGACAUAUACUUUCCUACAGAUGAGAGGAGUUGGGUUUACUCCCCCCUCCACUAUAGCACUCAAGUCCACUCUGUCUCUGAUGAGGAAAGCGAUACAUAAUCACUAUGCAGACACUGAAGACUCAGAGACCAGCGUUUCCCUCUGCAGGUUGAUGUGUUCCCUUUUCGUUGAUGCAGCCGUUCCAGUGGGAUGGGGAAGAGCUUGCUGACACCAGUAUUGCUGCACUGCAGGAUCCCUGGCACUGCAUUUCAGAAUGGAGCGCAACUCUAAACAUGUAUUUAUAUCUAUCCAAGAUGUGGACAGCAAAGAAACCUCCUGCUCAGGGCUCCCAAAGGAGACUUUCAGCUGGGUGGUGAGAAUCCUGGGUAGUAACAGUGUUUCCAAAUGUGCACUACUGUAGCUACCUACCUGUGUGUGAUACUGUGAACCUUUUUAAUUUUGUAAUCAUGUAUUUAUUUUAUCUUUGCACAGACACAGCACAAACGUGCUUUUUUAAAAGUUUAGUUUACUGCACUUUUUUUGGUUGUCAUAUUUAUGUGCUUCAUAAACGGUGUGAAACCUCACUGGAGGUGGCAAGAGGGCAGAUCUUCACUGGGGAGGGCACAACAGGAAUAGCUCCAUGACUGAGGCAGCAGUGUGGUCUAACCCCAGACAGCAGGACUGAGAAUCAAGGGGGCCAGAGUCCUACCCAGACUCUCGCUGAUUUGUUGUGUGACCUAGGUAAGUCACUUAACCACUCUGUGCCUCAGUUUCCCCGUGUAUGAAUGGGAAUAAUAUCUACUUUAAUUAAAGCACUUAGACCCUUGGAUGAAAGGUGCUAUAUAAAUGCAGUGUAUUUAAAUGCUAUUCAGUAGAAUUGUUCCUAUACUAAAGCACUCCAAACUAGACAUGCUAUUUUUAUCUCAAUUUUUGAAACAGUUAGUGAUGGCUACAGUUAAUUUGUAAAUCUGUAUGGAAAGCAAAGAAAUGUGGCACUAGUGAGGUGGUCACCUUGGCUCUCCUCUGACAGGGAUGCUGCUUUCACCAUAUGCUCUAUGUUGGGCUGGAGAUCCAUCCUACCCUUCAUACGUGGUCUGCUCUCUCCUCUUAUCAGCUGACAUACGGAUGUUCCCAACAGACUGCUGUCCAUGCAGGUUGGUGAGUGGGCAUAGAAAGAUGAGAACUGUGCACAUCUCCACAGACUUUCUGCCUCAAAAAGAGUUCCAAAGCCCCCUUCACCCACUUCUGGUGUAAUAUGUGCUGCAUUCUACUGAAAUCACUUAGCACUUGGCGCAUUCAUAGCUGUAUCUUUUGAUGGAUAAGCAAGGGGCACAGAACACGAGGUUAACAGGUGUCUGCCCCUUCCAUUCUCCUCUCCUGCCCCUCUGCCCCCUCAUGCCCCAAACAGGCUGGUGAAGGAGACAUGCAUGCACGCACAUACACCCUGCAUGUUAAAGGCAGUAUCAGAAGCCCAGUUGUUGGCUCCUGUCUGUGCUGGAGAGUAUGACACAUGCUACUGUACAUGCAGUCAUGGAGAGCCAGAUGGGGAAUAUAGCACCCGGGCCUCUGCUGUGGACAGCUUGUUCUUUUGAGGCCUGCAAGCUUUGGAUGAGACAGACAAAAUGUGGCUCUGCUUUGCCAUGAAAGAGCAUGAAGCAGUGUUCUGCUUAAGCUCAUCCUUGUGGUAGCAGGAUGCAAUAAUGUUGGGUCCAGACUUCUCUAGCAAUCCUAUCUAGCAAUGGAAGCUUAGAAACAGAGGGUUGGAUCUUGCUUGUGCCCUCCAUUGUGUUUGGUGGAAAGAGGAUUAAGGGUUGCUUUUUAAUGCUGUUCUCUAGCUUCCCCCACAAAAGCAGUGGGUUGGGGAGGGGAGGAGGAAAGACCCCAAUCUGGAGGUUUUAGAUGCAAAGAGCUGAUGAAUUAGUAUCACAGUCUGUCCGGUUUGUGAAGGACAUCAGCACUCAGGGCUGUCUUUUUAAAUUCAGGUUCCAGAAAGCAGGUUGGCUGGGUAGGAGCAUUAGAAGCUUUCCCCAAGCGGGUACCAAAGUGCUAAGGGUCUUCAUCAACUGACUUCUUUAUCUUCCUGCUAUUAAAAGAUAUAGAGCCCAAAUUUCUUAUCCUUCCCACACAGAGACUGAAGACUUGUUAAGCGUGUAGUGCUCCAGGGCAGGGCAGGUUUCUCAGAGCUGGUUAUUGUUUGAUGUCUUGUAUUUAUUAAUUUAGAAUAUUCUUUUUUAAUGCUUUUUUGUUGUUGUUAAAGGAAACACUCUUCUCUUAAUAGCAGCCCUUAAAAUAUGCUGCCAUUACAUGUACCAUUCAGGUAGCAAAUCACAUUGCUCCAUUAGGGCCCUUUCUCUGACAAGUUCACAAAGGCUUUAUCAGUCACAGUCAGUCCUGUCUCACAUUAAGCACUGUUUUACUAUUUGAACUUUCCCAUUUGUCGGUGGUAUUUUUGUAGGGCUCGGUACAGGCUCGCCUGGUGGCUGACUCUCCGAAGGAGUUUGGGGGAGGGGUUUUGGGGAAGUGUGCAAUAUAUGUCGAUUUAACGUACCGUGGAGUGCUGAAGACGAGGUUGGAAAAAUCAGGCUAGAAGUUUAACCUGGUUUUGAAAAGUGCUGAGCAGCCACAAUUCCACACAAGGUUAACGGGAGCUCUGACGGCCCAGAUCCUUCUUUCUCAUAUUAAAGAAAUUAGCCUUGAGGAGUAACUUUGAAGACAGGCCAGGACCACCUCUGAAUAGCAUUCCAGAACUUGAAAGAUAAUGUGCCUUCCCUUUGGUUAAUCAGAUUUUUAGCAUCAGUAGAUCUUUUAAAGAAUAGACUGAGUAAAGUUUGGCACCUCUGAUUGACCAAGGCUCAAGAGCAAGACUUUAUUCCCGGAGAUACACAGAUUAAUAGUCUGUGCAUCUCCAGCAAAAAACAAUAACUCUACCAACCCCCUCGCUCCAAAACGCCAACAAAAAUACAACAAUCUUUUCCCCAGUGCAGGCGGAAGGCAGGGAGAAGUUGGUCAGUCAUAGAAAUCAUGUUGUCCUGUUCAAUCCUUCACUCAAAAGCAUUGCACGAUCGUGUGUAUUGUACAGUUGUGUCCACAACAAGUUGCCCUAGCUGAACUCCCAUUUCCAUUACUGGAGAGGCUCCCUGUGCAGUGUGAAAGAUUGAAACUCUCCUUUUCCAUCUUUUGGACUAGAGUAUUUCCACCCUGUGUGGACUUCAGGAUGGCAGCUUUGUGCAGUUUACUAAUCCAGUAAGUGGCUUUUCUUAGGGGCUCUCUAUUUCUUUCUUUGAGGCUCCCUUGCAUCAGAGGGGUGUUUGUUCCAACCUAUUUGUUCACUACCUUGAAACGGAGCUUUGUCUAUCUCCGUUGGUCCUCUGAAUUAUCUUAAAGAAGCCCAGCUACCUUUAUGUAGUUCUGUUUAGGAUUUUCUUUAAUUUACAGCUCUGCAGCUGAUGGUUUGUUUAUACAGCUUCACCUGCGUGAAGGUCUAGAUUGCUUGAUAUCUGCCAGAGAAGGCAGCUUCUUCAUGUCUCCUUGAAAUAUUAAAUAAACACCCCAACUGCAAUCCAGUGAAUCUAGACUUCAAAGCAGCUUUGUUCAUCACUGCUGUCCAUCAUCUCCAGCCCUUCAUCUUGUAUCUCUCAGCCCUGCUUAAAGAGCCUGGUGUGGGGGUAGAGGGGGUAUUGCCUUCUGGUAAGAUUAUUUCUGAAGUCUGAGGUACAGGAUUAUGAAGGGAACAUGUUAUGUUAGACUCCAGGGGCCUGGAGCCAGGCAGUGAAGUGCGAUUCUGACUCUACAGAGAAAUGCCGACUGUGAACUCGCAAGGUGCAGGUCCAUGGAGUGGCCUGUGAUCUUGGAAUCUGGACUUGUUACUUGGCAGAAAUGAACACUAGGAGUUAUUCGGUCACAAAUGAUCUGAACUUUUCUAAUUGAGAAUCACUACUAAGGGAAUCCUCAGUUUGAAUGACAAGAUGAACCAACUAAACCCAGAGUGGGCUAUUUCGCAGCUGGGAGUUGUACCAGGCAAGCCCACCUGUCUCCAGAGGUGACCACAGCAACUUCUUUUACACAGCAGAAUCCAGCUGUGGGCACUUCAUCGUUUAAAAAAAACCCAACUGCAAACACUGCUGCUCCAGAGGGACUUUGUCCAAGUCUUUGAAAUGAAAGCCCCAAGAUUCUGGUGAAAGAACGUGGGAUCCUCAGCUGUAUUCUCUACUGCAGCUAACUCUUCAGCACACUAAUAUUUGGGUUGUCUUUCCCCCUGUCCAGUAGCAUCUAGCUAAGCAAGCUGAAAUUGCACUUCUGGAGGCCUUCCUUGAAGCCACAAAAAGAUGAAGAAUCUUGGCACUGAAGCUGGCAUGGCUGUGGUACGUGGCAGGGGCACCUGUGUUGUCAGGAGCUCUCUGCUUGCAUUGUCCCACUCCUCCUCAGACAGUUGGCCCCUGAAACAUUGCUCUGUCCACUCCUCCAAGUAGCUAGAACCAGCCAUAGUAUUUGUUUCUUCACACUCCCACCCAGCAUCACUGCCCUGUUUAUAAACAGAAAGGCAAAUGAGAUGGCUCAGGCUUAUUGGAUCAUGUCUGAUUUCUUUGAAGUCUACAUUAGACCCAAGUAUAUUGUUAUAUCUGAUGUUCAUAUUACAAGGUCAUUUUUUAUGUAUGCUCCGUAUGUGUGCAUCAUGUAAAGAAUGUAUGUAAGUAGGGUAUUUUGGGGAGGUGGGGGGGUUCUUUGGUGGAAAAUAUGAUGAGUCCAUGGAUAUUGUCAUGUUUUUAUUUUUCUGUUUGUUUUCUAAGUCAUGAAUGCUUUUUUGGAAAUCUUUUAUCAGAGAACUGUAAAUCAAUGCUAAUUGUUCCUAGGCUAUGUGAUAAAGCAUAUUGUAGUCUUUGAUGUAAACCCAAGAGGCAAACAAUUUAUAAUGUCUAGUGAAUUAAUUGCCUUACCCAAAACCCAAUGGGAAUGGUUCCUAAAAUAUUUUUCCCAUUUUAGUGUAAAAAAAUAAAAUAAAACAAAAACAAAAAAAAAAUCCUGUAAAUACUCUAAGCGUGAGAUUGCACCCUGUUUUGUCUAUGAUGGCUGCUAUUGCUAAGAAAGUGGAUACUAUUUGAACUAUUGUACUGUAUUAAAACAAAGGCAUUUUGUGAGACAGUUUAGAUGCAAUGUUCUCCUCUUGGAAUCAUGAACUUAGCUCAAAUGCAAUACUCUUGUCAAUAGUGGAGUCCUCUCAUCAAACUGUUGGUGAUUUUUGUUUCCUAGACUCCAUAAUCUGUGCUCAUUCUUGAUUUUUCUCUCUCUCUCCUUCCCUCUGUAUAUGAAAUUUCUAUGACUUCUAGUUUUGUUUAGACUGGAGUUAAUUGGCCGUUGACAUGAACUAGCUAAUGUCUGUAAGUACUCCCAAGUGUUUGUUUCCUGGAAUGAAAACUUGGACUGUGACCACUGACCUUUGCAAGCAUGUGGUCUAACUCCAGCAAACCAAUUUCCAGUUAACGCAAGUUAAAUGCUGGACAAAACCCUUUCUUUUUUUGUUUUUAAAUGGUAUCAAGUCAUAUUUCUGUUCUGUUUUACUCUGUGAUUUAUGAAACUGUGUAUGUCCCUUAACUCUUUAGGAGGCUUCCACUAGACACUUUUUUUCUGAUACUUUUGACAAUCUCUAAGCUUGGGUUCCUUUUUUAGAGGGGACUGCACCUCUGAAUCCAGAGCUGUGGAAUUUCUGUAUAAACCAUACAACUACUGCUGACACGAACUAAUGACACUUGUAUGCAACAUCCUCCUCAUUUCUGCUUCCCCUUCUGCCCUUCCCUUUAUUUUUUGGAAAGGAUCUCUAAUAAAUAGGUUAUU